AUGAGAUCCGACUUCGCCACAUACAGAGAAGUCGAGCGUGGCUCUCUAGGUCCCGGAGUUAUUGGCGUUGGCACGGUCAAAAUGAAGGUCAGGUGGACCCCUUUCUCUUCUGAACGACAUAUCGGUCAGCUAAGAGGUGACUACAGCGGCUCAAAAUCCAAAGACGCUGAUUAUAGGCGUGGAUUCUAUGAAGACCAUGCCAUUAUGAGUCACAAAAAGAGCCCCUUUAAGGGCAAAGUUUUGUUUCUAACCCGCAACGGAUUGAUCUGGUCACGACCUUGGGAACCUCUUAGCAAUUAG